AUGGCUAUUAGAACAAGGAAAGCGCAACCCUCAGGUAGGUCUGCAAAAAGAACAACAUCUGUUCCUAAGAAAGCAUCUACUCUGAAAUUAAGUGAAAGAAUAACGGCCAAUACUUCUAAGGCCAAGAAGUCAAAGAAUGCUACUACUGAGAAAAAAGAUGCUCUAGGUUAUUUGACUAUGAAUGGUAAAUUGGUCAAUGCCAACGACAUUGGUGUUAAACUAAGAAUGGCAGGUAAGCAACCGGCUGCUUCUCAAGAUCCAAAGGCUUCUCCAGCUAAAACUAAAACUAAAAAAGCAACAGCUGUGACAACCGCUUCAAAAAGACAAGCUGUUACGAACUCUCAACAAACUAGAAUAAAAAAAUCACUUAACGCCAUAGCUAGCAAGAAUCUACCCGGGAAUGCUAGAAGGUCUAAAAAUAUCAUUACUACUACUUCUUCUGGAAGAAGAACAAGAACGAUCAACCCAAAGAGCAUUAGACAAGCUAUUACCAAUAAUAGAACAAGAGUAGCGGAAGUUAUAAAAAAGCGUGUUACUAAGAAUACAAGAAAUAAAGAUCAGUAUUUCAAGGCUGGGUCUAAUUACAAUCAAUUAAUUAUCAACACUGAUAUCGAUAACAGUGACAAGAUCUUGAUUUUUUACAACCUUGCACUUGGUAUCAAACAAGAUAGUCUGAAACAAAUUAUCGAAAGACUAUCUGGUAUCUCAAUCAAGAAGGUUAGAGUGAAAGAUUUAGCCACCGGUUCCUCUACUGCCCAAGUGUGGCUAUCUAAUCCAAAUAUUCCUGAUUUAGAAAAAAUUAGAACCCAAUUCGAUUCUGCUUUAGUCGAUGGUAGAACUAUCCAAGUUUUAUUAUCUUCCGAGUCUACUCGUACUUUAGUAUAUUAA